AUGGCGCUCUACGUCUGGGGCCACAACGCGUCGCAGCAGCUCGGCCUCGACGUCGCCGGCGAGCAAGUGCUCGACGUGACGCCAGUCCACGCGCUCCACGACCAAGUGAUUGUCGACUUUUCCGCCGGCGCGCGCCACUCGCUCGCGCUCAAUGAGUUGGGCCACGUGUUCGCGUGGGGCCGCGGCCGCGAGGGGCAACUCGGGCUCGGCGACUCCAUUGGCGUCACGCGCGCCGUGUCGACGCCUCGUCGCAUCACUGACGCGCUGGCUGACCACGUGGUGACGAAAGUCGCAUGCGGCGACUCGCACUCUUUGGCGCUCACGGACGCAGGCGACGUCUUCCUAUGGGGACUGCUCCCCGUGACCACUGCGCUGCCGUCCGCCACGGCGGACGCGUCGGACCAGCAGACAGUCGCGCUCACGGGGCUGUCUCAGGCAGACGGGCAGCCAGUGCAGGCAGAAGCGCCUGCGCGCCCGUUCGACCCCGCGGUCCUGGCUCGUCUACUGCAGUCGAUGCAUGUCUAUGAAGCCGACGCGGCAGACGGGGCGUCCAGCACAGCGCAGACUGUGCGGGCGCCGUGUCACACCCCCCGUCUAUGCACCGACGUCCGCGUGCGACAUAGCGUGACGAACGUCGCCGCCGGGUUCGCCCACUCGCUCUUGACGACGCGCGACGGGGCCGUCUAUAGCUGCGGCUACAAUGACAAUGGGCAACUGGGCCACGGCACGCGGCGCCACGCGGCCGACUUCCAGCGCAUCGACGCGCUGCAGGCGUUCGUGAUCGACCACAUUGCGUGCGGCCAGCAGCACUCGCUCGCCAGUUCGCGGCUCGUCUCCACUGCGUCGGCGUCCGAGCGCUCGGGCGUGUGCUUUGCGUGGGGCUUUGGCGUCCUCGGGCAGCUCGGAACGGGGGCGCCGAUUGCCUGGAGCCCACAGGAAGUGAAGCUCGGGCGGCCGGCCGUCGCUGUCGCGGCGGGGAGUCACCACAGCGUUGCGGUCACGGACGACGGCCGUGUGUACACGUGGGGCCACAGCGAGUACGGCCAGCACGGCGCGGGCGAGACGUUCCACGACCUCCAGCACAGCGCCCACUACUUUUACCCGCGACUGCAACAAGCGCUUGCAGACGACGCGCGUGUGCACGUGACGAGCGUGCGCUGCAGCUCGCACGCGACGUUUGCAUUGACGCGCGACGGCUCCGUGUUCUCGUGGGGCUGGAACGCGUUCGGCGUCCUGGGCAACGGCAAGUACCAGCACUCGGUGCACCCGCAGCGCAUCUUUGGCCUGAAGGACAACGUCGCUGUGGCCGUUGGCGCCGGCGCGAACCACUGCGCUGUGGCCGUGCGGCCACGCGGCGCGCACUACUCGUUGCGCUACGAUCGAGUGCUCGCAGAGGCCGAGUUUGCCGACGUGGUGUUCAUUGUUGAGACGUCGGGGUACGUCGAGCGCAUCAGAGCGCAUCGGGUCGUUCUGUGUGCGCGGAGCAACUACGUUCGCGGCUACUUGCGCGUGCUGGACGCGGACAGUGCCCAGAGGGCUCAGGUGGAUCGACAGAGCACACACGGGAGCAGAAGAGGAGGAAAAGGAGAAGACGACGAGGAGGAGCUGGUCGAGGUGGACGUGUUCCAGGACGAGGACGCCCAAGUGGUCCGCGCUUUCUUGACGUUCUUGUACACUGGUCGUCUCGACGUUGUCAGCCACAAGCGCAAAGCGCUGGGGCAGUGUGCCCAGCGCCUGUGCUGCGACGCGCUCGUCGAGUUAUGUCUCGACACGUGGCGAAGAGAGCAAACCGAGACGACGUCGCUGUCGCUGGCGUCGCGGCCGUCUUUCCGACGGAGCGGAUACUGCUCGGGGGCUCACUCGGCGACGCCCGAAGCGCGACGAUUUGGCGAAGAGAUGCAGCGUAUGGUGCUGUCGGACGCGCUUGCGGACGUUGUGUUUCUGUGGCCGGUGCACGAGACUUCGGACGGCAUUGCGUACGAGCGUCUGCCGGCACAUAAAGCUGUGCUGUCUCAAGUCCCGUACUUCCGCACGAUGUUGACAGGUGGUUUUCGCGAAGGCGACAAGACCCGGCAAAGGACAACUGCAACUGCAACAGCUAUAACAGCGACGCCGAUCGACGCUGUGCAUGAGAUUUCGCUGCACUAUAUGCACCGCGACGGCGUCUCGCUUGAGGCGUUCAAGCGGUUGCUGCUCUACAUCUACACGGGCAGUACCAACCGCUUGGACGGCGCUCCACUGGCGGACCCGAGCGACCUCAUGGACGUGUACGUGGGUGCGAGUUUACUGGGGCUCACGGUGCUCGCCGCCAGCUGUGAGCUGCAGCUCGUGGCGCUCGUGCCGCAGCUCGAUGUCGAGUCGCUGCGAGCGUGCGAAGCGUUUGCCGAGCGAUACGACGCACAGCGAUUGCAGAGGACGAGUGAGCAGGUGUUACGACGGAUUGAGCGCUCGACCGGUUGUUGA